AUGGCAGCGACGCCCCAUGCGGCGCUUAUGGUGGGGGUUCAGAGUGCGCGCUUGGGGCAUGACAAGCGUAGCCGUGAGCUGGAUGAGGACAAGGUCGAAGAUUGGGCAUGGGAGCGAACAGGUGAGCUUGCAUGGCAAAAAUGUGAGGUGGAGUGUCAGGAAAUUAGCUCAGACGAAGACAUUGACAAGGUUGCGAAGCCAAAGAAGGGUGCGGGCCUAUGGGGUGAUGGACCGCCGCUUGCUUCAAGACUGUUGGGAAAGAGGCAGGAGUUUGCAGAUGGAUUUGGCUUGUGUUCUCCAGGUCGUUGGGAGCCUCACAAACGACAGUGUGCCGCUAGCAUGCCAUGCUUAGGUUUUGCAGAGCAGAUUGGUGUUGAAUUGUUGAAAAAUUUGCGGAGUCAUUUAGACAUGCGUGCUCUGGCGAUGAAGCUUGCAGUGGGUCGUGUGCAAUCUACGCCCUUUUCUGAUGAGCUGAUUAGCGCAGGUCGAGAGUUGCUUUUCACAGCAUUAAAAUUUGCAGGUUCCAAAUUGCCGGUGCGCGAGAGGCAGGGGGGGCAACCCUUUUUCCUAGCGGCCAUUGAAGAGUUCUUGCGAAUUUCGGGAGUGCGUGUGGGGCCAAAUGCCAAACUGCCUCGCGUUCCUGCUAUAUUUGAGAAGAAGAUUAAGUGGAGACAAUACAAAGAAGAAGAGAGCAGCCUAGACAUGGAGAGAGAUAACUAUUUGUCAGCCCGUGAUCAUGCUCGCCUCGUUCAGAAGCAAUUUGAAACUGAAGCUGCUAUGGCAAUGGGUUGCAUGAUUGAGAUGCCUUUGAGUGAAGCAAAGCAAAAAUUUGGGGAUCGGCUGGCCCUAGCGUCCUUAGGAGCGAUAGGGAAGAAGGAUGGAUCGGUCCGUGUGAUCCAUGACGGGACACAUGGCGUUGGAGUGAAUCCAGCCAUUGUGGUCCGGGAUCAGCUCCGCACACCAACUGCCGGUGAUCUGCAAACUGUGUUGCAAGUACUACCAGGUGCGUGGUUUGGCUUGACAGGUGAUGUGGCGCGAGCGCAUCGGUUGGUGCGAGUUGCUGAAGAAGACUGGGGAUUACAGGCGUGCAAGACAGACGUGCGCCCAGAUCAUAUUUGGAUUAAUACUGUCGGAACAUUCGGCAUUGGGAGCGCGGCAUACCAUUGGAGUAGGCUCAUGUCUGGGGUGGGUAGAGCUGCGUACUACCUGCUGGGGCAGAGCGAGCUAUUCAUUCUUGUUUACGUUGACGAUUUACUUUGGAUCACGCGCGAUAAAGUUGGAAUUGAGAAGAUUAUCUUGGCCAUUUACUUCAUGACCAUUGUUGGCUUGCCGUUUGCUUGGAAGAAGUUUCAAGGAGGUGUGGACCUGGCCUGGGUUGGUUUCGAGUUAUGCUUGAAAGGAAGUAAGCUCGGCUUGUCGUUGGCGCGAUCGCAAUGGUUGGUUAAUUGGCUCAGUGACACAGCAGAUUUGGGCCGAGUGCGUAUUGCGGAUAUGUCUGCAGUAUUGGGCCGUCUUUCAUUUGGCUUGACUGCGCUGGGACACUUGAGGCCGUUUUUGGGGCCAGUGUACGCAUGGACGGCAGCAAUGACGCGAAAGGUUAUCACAGGUAACCUGCCCAAGGCGAUCAUCUUGAUCUUUAAGUUCCUGGCAAAGGCAUUAGCAGAUGGUGGGCGCCUGGCAUCUGUGCCACCAGCCCCGGGAGACCAGGUGGAACUGUUUCGGACAGAUGCCCGCGCAGAAGGACAUGAGAUUUGGAUUGGCAGCUGGGCUAUGGAUAGCACGGACACAAAACGCUGUAGAUGGUUUUCUGAAAAAUUGGAUCACGUAUCUGCGCCUGGGCUUUUUACUGCAGGUGAAAGCUACAGACAGAUUGCUUCGCUUGAGCUGCUAGCCUCGUUAGCUGCGGUUGUCGUCUUCGGGGUGCCAGUGCAAAUGCGGGGCAGAAUCCAUUGUUCGGCUGGGACCGACAACAAAGGAAAUAGCCAUGUGGUUGCAAGGUUGCUCACAACCAGAUUCCCCCUUGCUGCGUUUUUGAUGGAGCUGGCUAUGCAGUUGCAAAUGGUUGGCGCGAACCUCGAGUUGUACUGGCUGCCGCGGCUUCAAAACCAGGAAGCUGAUGCGCUCACAAACAACGAUCUGACUAGAUUUGAUGAGCAGCUGCGGCAAAGGUUUGACUUGGCCUCAUUCAAAGGAUUGGUCUUGUCAGACAUGCUAGCUUGCGGAACAGAGCUGUAUGAAGAGAUUAAGGUGGCGCGACAGCGCAAAGCAGUACAACAUGUGCAACGUGGACGAAAGUUGGACGCGCUCAAAGUGGCGCAGCCCUGGGGUUGA